UAAACGCAGCCCGCGGUGUUUCGCUCCAUGUUCGUUUUGAUGGUGGUCGGCUUGUUGUGUUGUGACCGGCGCACUUAACUCUGACGCAUUGCAGUAAUUGUCGCAAGUUAAAAGUCGAGUGCUCCCGACGGGGCUCAAGCGUUGGUCCUGCGAGUCGCGGGGGAAUGCGGGGGCCGUCUUAAACUACAGAAACUUGAUUUGUUGUGAAGCGACACCAUGGCGGACGCAGCGGCCCGUCAGCUUCAGUACGAGUACAAAGCGAACUCCAAUCUUGUCCUUCAAGCAGAUGUUCGUCUCAUCGAAAGACGAAGUCGCGAUGAAGCAACCGGAGAGGUUAUGUCGUUGGUGGGCAAGUUGGACGGUACCCGGAUGGGGGACAGGUUCAUGAGGUCCCGACCAGACAAAGCUGAAGAACGCAAAGCAAAGCGUCAGAAGCGAGACGAAGCCCAGUAUGACUUCGCUCGGAUGAAGGGAGCUACUCUGCUUUCAGAAGGUGUUGAUGAAAUGGUUGGUAUUGUAUACCGUCCUAAGACACAGGAGACAAGACAGACAUAUGAAGUCUUGUUAAGUUUUAUUCAGGAGGCAUUGGGUGACCAGCCAAGAGACAUUCUGUGCGGUGCAGCAGAUGAGGUUCUGUCUGUUUUAAAGAAUGACAGAUUGAAAGAGCGUGAAAAGAAGAAAGAAACAGAGUCUCUUUUAGGAGGCUUGGCUGAUGAAAGAUUUGCACUGCUAGUCAAUUUAGGAAAAAAGAUAACAGAUUUUGGUGCAAAGGAAGAGGUAGCUGUCGCAGAGGAAAAUAUUGAUGAAGCAUAUGGAAUUAAUGUCCAGUUUGGUGAGUCUGAUGGUGAGGAAGAUGACAAUGAAAAUACCUUUGGUGAAAUUUCAGAAAAUGAAGAUGAAGAGGAAGGAGAAGAGGCUAAAGAUGAUGCCGCUAUUAGAUCAGAAAAUCUUGCUGCUCUAGAAGAGCAAAGAAAAUCUAAAGAAACCUCCUUGCAUCCAUUAGAUAUUGAUGCCUACUGGCUGCAAAGACGACUCUCCAAAAUCUAUGAUGAUGCUAUUGUUUCCCAAUCUAAAGCUGCAGAAGUCUUAAAAGUAUUGAAGGAUGCUGGAGAUGACAGGGAAUGCGAAAACUUACUAGUGCUGCUGUUGGGUUAUGAUUGCUUUGAUUUCAUCAAACUACUCAAGAAACACAGGCAAAUGAUUUCAUAUUGCACUGAAUUGGCUUCGUCCCAAAGUGAUUCGGACCGGAAGAGAAUAAGAGAUGCCAUGAAUGACGACCCAAACCUUGCCAAAAUAUUGCGUCAGCUUGAUACUGGUAAAGUUGAUGAUGACAAAAUGAAUGGAAGCGAAAGCCAAGCGGCCAGAGCAGCCCGUAAGCGCGAGGCUGAUGCUCAUGAAGGCACAGAAGGCAAAGGAGGUCAGGUUGAAGGUAGCCGUGUCCUGUUGGAUCUUGAAGACCUAAUAUUUUCUCAAGGCUCUCAUUUCAUGUCCAGCAAGCGUUGCCAACUGCCAGAGGGAUCUUUCAGGAAGCAACGUAAGGGAUAUGAAGAGGUUCAUGUACCUGCCCUGAAACCAAAGCCUUUUGCUGCUGAUGAAAAAUUGGUUCCAAUUGAAGAUCUCCCCAAAUAUGCUCAACCUGCAUUCAAGGAUUUCAAAACUCUCAAUCGAAUCCAAAGUCGCUUGCAUGCAGCUGCCCUUGGCUCUGAUGACAAUCUGCUACUAUGUGCUCCAACUGGUGCUGGUAAAACCAACGUGGCUCUUUUGACCAUGAUGAGAGAAAUAGGAAAGCACAUAAAUGCUGAUGGUACAAUCAAUGCUGAUGAAUUCAAAAUUAUCUAUAUUGCUCCCAUGCGUUCUCUUGUACAAGAAAUGGUUGGUAACUUUGGAAAACGCCUUCAGUCAUACAAUCUGACUGUAUCUGAAUUGACUGGAGACCACCAACUGACACGUGAGCAAAUUAACGCUACUCAGGUCAUUGUCUGUACGCCCGAGAAGUGGGAUAUCAUUACCAGAAAAGGAGGGGACAAAACUUUUACACAACUUGUUCGUCUCAUCAUUAUUGAUGAAAUUCAUCUUCUCCAUGAUGAGCGUGGCCCUGUUCUUGAGGCAUUGGUAGCAAGAACUAUCAGAAACUGCAAUACUAUUCAAGAGGAAGUUCGUAUUAUUGGGUUAUCUGCAACUCUACCCAACUACCAAGAUGUUGCUACAUUCCUGAGAGUUGAGCCGAAAACAGGCUUGUUCUACUUUGACAACAGUUUCCGUCCAGUUUCAUUGGAACAACAGUAUAUUGGUGUGACAGAGAAGAAAGCAAUGAAGCGGUUCCAGGUGAUGAAUGAAAUUGUCUAUGAGAAAGUAAUGGAGCAUGCUGGUCGCAAUCAAGUUCUUGUAUUCGUGCAUUCUCGAAAAGAAACUGGUAAAACAGCAAGGGCUAUUAGAGACAUGUGCUUGGAGAAGGAUUCUCUUGGUCAGUUUUUGAGAGAAGGAUCGGCCUCCAUGGAAGUUCUUAGGACAGAAGCUGAACAAGUAAAGAACGGGGAACUGAAGGAUUUGUUGCCCUAUGGUUUUGCUAUCCAUCAUGCUGGUAUGUCGAGGGUGGAUCGUACUCUGGUGGAGGAUUUGUUUGCCGACAGACACAUCCAGGUCCUCAUUUCAACAGCCACUCUAGCUUGGGGUGUCAAUCUUCCUGCUCAUACUGUAAUUAUCAAGGGCACACAAGUGUACAACCCUGAGAAAGGACGUUGGGUAGAGUUGAGUGCGUUAGACGUGCUCCAGAUGUUAGGUCGUGCUGGUCGACCCCAGUAUGACACUAAGGGUGAAGGUAUAUUGAUUACCAACCACAGUGAGCUCCAGUACUACUUGUCACUGCUGAAUCAACAGUUGCCCAUUGAAUCACAAAUGGUUAGCAAACUUCCUGAUAUGCUCAAUGCAGAAAUCGUUUUAGGAACAAUUCAAAAUAUGGAUGAUGCAGUGAACUGGCUUGGAUUCACUUAUCUAUAUAUUAGGAUGCUUCGCUCUUCUUCAAUGUAUGGAGUAGCACCAGAGCAACUUGGAGAGGAUCCCCGUCUCAGACGCCACAGAGCUGAUUUAAUCCACACAGCAGCUCAGCUUCUAGAACGUUCUGGUCUUCUCAAGUAUGACCGUAAAACUGGAGCCUUCCACACAACUGAGUUGGGACGAAUUGCUAGCCACUAUUAUUGUACUCAUCAGACUAUGGCAACAUACAAUCAACUGUUGAAGCCCACCCUCAGUGAAAUAGAACUUUUCCGGUAUGACUAA